AUGUCACCACGAGUAUCUCGACAACGCGUUAAGAGAUUAAUCUUUAUACUCUUGAGUGCGCUAUUUACAAUUUCCAACUGCAAGCCAACAUUGCCAUUCUCACUGCCUCAGUCUUUACAAUUCAGCUUUCCGUCAUUCUCGACAUUUCAACAGUACAUAGAGAAACGACAAACGGAGGCAAUGAAAUCAUAUAGUGGUCGACGACUGGCAGCUGAUUCAUUAAGAAUGAUUUACUAUAAUGAUCAGACAAUUGCCAUUGUGGAAUUGGGUCCCGAGAAACUCCUAUUAAGCUGUGAGCUCAUAGAGAUCUACAAUGACGAAGAGGGAAAGAUUCUCAUGGGAAAGUUAUCAAGAAUCAAUCGACCAUUAAAAAUUGGUUUUGGUGAUAUGCUCAAAUUGAUGCAACAAUGUAAUCAAGUGGAAAAGCAUAGAACAGCACCAAAGAGAAGAGCAUCAGAAGUUGCUGCACUUUAUGAGAGAAACAGUGACUUGACAGAUAAUGAACAAGAUGAGAAUGUUCAAGGCGAUGCUCCAAUUGCUGAUAAAUCGCCUGAAAAUGAAAAUCGAGGAAUUUUAUCAGGCAAUCCAUUUUCGUUGUUAUCUGGUGUAUUUCCUGGAACAAAAUGGUGUGGAACUGGAGAUAUAGCAAAGAAUUUUCAUGAUUUAGGCGAAGAAAAGGACAUGGAUAGAUGCUGUAGAGAUCAUGACAUUUGCCCAAUCAAAGUACGUGCCUACCAGACACGCUAUAAUAUUACAAAUAACUCAAUUUACACAAAAUCUCAUUGUGUAUGUGACGAUUUAUUGUUUGAGUGUCUUAAGAAAACAAAUACUCCGACUGCUCAACUUAUGGGUACAAUCUAUUUUAAUCUCGUCCAAGUGCCUUGCGUUGUGGAAGGACCAAAUGGAAAGAUGAAGUUCCGAAAGGCAAAGGAUGGCUUUUAG